AUGGACACAUAUUCGUUCGCGACCUCCAGGCAGGUGGACUUCCCCGUUUAUGUCAAGAUAAACCAACUUGAGGGGAAGCAGACUACAGUUUCGCAGUCGACAUUGAUCAGACAUCCGGAAAUCCGACAUAUUGGCUCGGUGCAGAGCCCUACUUCAGAGCUGUAUGUGACCGCACAACUCUGGGCUGAGUCAAAGCCGCUCGGACUCCCCACUCAAACUGCUCAUGCAUUUUUCAAAGGCGAACGGAAUUGGGAUCAAUGGUUGCAACUGCCUGUCAAUAUCCAGGAUUGUCCAAUUACCGCGCAAGUUGCUUUAACCGUCUGGGAUCUCAGCCCCAUACCGAAGGAUGGGCGACUUGAUCAUAGUGUGCCUUUCGGCGGCACAACUAUUCCGCUGUUCGAUGAGCACGGGGCAUUGAGAAAGGGACGGCAGAAAUGUAAGAUCUAUCGUCGAAAAGUCGCGGACGGUCAAUCACCAUCCAAAACACCUCACAUCCCGACCCCACGUCGACGGGGACGAAACGAAGCGCCAGAGCCUACCGAUCCCGAGAAAGAGGAGCUAGAGCGGCUCCAAGACCUUCUCAAAAAGCAUGAGAUGGGCGAACUGCCUACUAACGACUGGCUAGACCAACUUGUCUUCAAACGAAUGAGUGAACUCAAUGCCGGCGUUGAAGAUGCCGCUCGCAAACGUGCGAACCAGAGGAAAACCACGAAGCGGCUGGCGCAGGAAAGAUUAGAUGACUCAAAACAAAAUGGGGCUGUCAGUGGAGCCCAUGAUUCAGACGAUGAAUUUCAUUCCGAUAAUGAUCUUGAUGAAGAAGAGCGAUUCAGAUUAACGAUCGAAUUUCCUCGAUGGGAUUUUCCUAUUAUAUUUGCAGACCACGAGUAUGAUACGCCGAAAGCCAUCAGAGACUUCCAAAACACACCCUCAGGAUCAGGUGUGACUGCGAAGCAGCCGGAGAUGAGAUACGGACCAGGAAUCGCUGCUGGGAAUGCCGUCGUCGACGAUGCUGAAUUCCCAGUGAUACGUAUUUUCGACCCUGAACAGUUCACGAGAGAAAAUCCCUGUGAAAUUAAGCACAGACGCCUUGUCAGAAGCGAGCGCAAUGCCCAACCAGACACAGAUAUGAAGCCCAACGCCAAGUUAAGGGACGAGUUGAACGAGAUCCUUUCCUAUGGCCCGACGCAAGAGCUCACGGCGCAGCAGAAGGAUGUGCUCUGGUCCUUCCGUCGACAUCUGAGCAGAGAUAAGCGAGCUCUCACCAAAGUCGUCAAGGCGACAGACUGGAGCAACCAGAAGGAAGCCCGCGCGUUGACUGAGCUCAUUCCUAGGUGGGCUGAGAUAGAUGUCGAUGCCGCGCUGGAGUUGCUGGGCCCGACCAUAGAUAAUCCUGUGGUUCGUGCUUAUGCUGUGGAUCGCCUCCGGAAAGCUGACGACAACGAAUUGCAGCUGUACUUGCUUCAGCUAGUUCAGGCACUGAAAUUCGAGAACCACGAGACGGGGGAGGAGGGCCUAUCACCCACGUCGCUUGCGAAAUUCCUUAUCGACAGAGCCACCAACAAUUUCAACCUGGGCAACUUUCUCCAUUGGUUCUUAAUGGUCGAAUGCGAUGACCGAGGUCCUGACACCAAUGCCACCAACCGCAAGCGCUUUGCACGAGUCGAGUACCAUUUUAUGCUAGAACUAGAAGCUCGCGAUCCUGAACAGCGCAAGCUCUUGCUCAAACAAGCAGAGAUGAUCGCCAUCCUCCAGAAAAUCGCCAAAGACAUCCGCUUUGGCCGCGACAAUCGGCUGAACAAAAUCGAGCGUCUAAAGAAAUUCCUUGCCGAUCCCAAAAACGACCUUAUAACUCUGCCUCAACCUGUUCCAUUACCUCUCGCACCGGAGAAUAUCAUUACUGGUGUCUACCCAGAAGAAGCCAACGUCUUCAAAUCCUCUCUCUCCCCACUUCUCAUCGCUUUUAAGGUCCAGCCAUCCGCUGCUCAGAAUUCGCCGUCUCCAUCCAAAUACUCAAUCAUCUUCAAAACGGGCGACGAUCUCCGUCAAGAUCAGCUUGUCAUUCAGAUCAUCACCCUGAUCGAUUCGUUGCUCCUAAAAGAGAACCUCGACCUCAAACUCACUCCGUACCGUAUCCUCGCCACGGCUCCAGCCGCUGGCGCAGUCCAAUUCAUUUCUCCUUCCGUUGCAUUAUCAACCAUCAGCACCAAAUAUCGAGGUAGCGUCACUGCGUACCUCCAACAACACAAUCCUGACCCAUCCGGCCCACUGGGCAUCCGCAAGGAAACGAUGGACACCUACAUUAAGUCCUGCGCGGGGUACUGUGUCAUAACCUAUAUCCUGGGCGUGGGCGAUCGACACCUCGACAACCUCCUCCUACAACCCAACGGCCGCUUCUUUCACAUCGAUUUUGGCUUCAUUCUCGGGCGAGACCCAAAGCCUUUCGCGCCGCUGAUUAAGCUCGCGAAGGAGAUGCUCGAGGGCAUGGGUGGCAGCGUGCAAACAGAGCAAUACCGGCAGUUCCGGCAGUAUUGCUUCACGGCGUACACGGCUCUGCGCAAGAACUCGAACCUUAUCCUCAAUCUCUUCAGCUUGAUGGUGCAGAGCUCCGUGCAGGAUGUGCGGCUGGCGGAGGAGGCACAGGGAGUCGCUGCUGGGGGAGAAGGACAUGGUGGCCUGGGUGUGGGGGGCGCGGUGGGUAAGGUCAGGGAGAGGUUCCAUCUGGAUGUGAGCGAGGAGGAUGCGCUUAGGAUUCUGGAUCAGACGCUGAGUGAUAGCGUGAAUGCACUCUUUGGGGUCGUCAUCGAUCGGCUCCACGAGUUCGUGCAGGGCUGGAGGGCCUGA